AGUACUUUAUCCUUUGAAUAUAUGUUUUUUUAAUUUUUUUAAAAAAUAGAACAUAAAAAGGAAGAGCAACUUAUAAAAUGUGUCCAUGACCUACUAAUAGUUAUUAUUAUUAUUUAAAAAAAUUAGUAUUUAUUAGUGUUUGCUUUUUUUAAAGUUGAUUAUUUUUUUCCCCUACGUAACACUUGACAUCUCAUAUCCCAAUCCUUAAAUAUCUUAUGAGAUUCUUAUCUUAUCAAAACUCUUUAUAGAUAUCUCUCUUUUUCAAUUUUAUUUUAAUUGUACCCCAUUUGUUCUCCAAUUAGUAUAAUUUAUUUUUUUACACUCAACCAUAACAUUUUUUCAAACAAUAUUUUUUUUAACCCUUAACUAAUUAAAAAAUCAUUAGGCAUAAGCAAAAUUUUUAUUAAAUUUCUUAAAUAUUUAAAAUUUUUAACAAGCAGAUUAUUUAAUUAAUUCAAUAUGGUAAGUAAAUUUUCAUUUAAUUAAUUAUUACAUAUUAAUUUUAUGUUGGAAUUAAACUGAAACAAAAUUAAAAUAUAUAAAGAGCUAAAAGACUAGGUUAUUAAACAAAUAGGCAUAGGACAACAUGUGCAGAUUUCUGUAGGUCAAUCAUUGUCCUUUACAAGGGGCCCUCUGAAAAAUAUUCCUCCACGUAAAGUUUGGUAUUGCUUUAUCUUUAUGGAAGGUUAAAAACACUUAUUUGAUAAAUUAAGUAUUUAUGUCUUCUAGAAAGGGAAUAAUUUAAUUGACAUUUAUUUUAAAAUUAUAAAAAUUGGUAAUUCUUUUAAAUAAAAUCAUUAAAAAAAUAAAUUUUUUUUUUUACAUAAUUGGCUAAACACUAUAAAAAAAUAUUUUUAUCAUUUUUUAUGUUCUUUUUUAAAGCUCUAAUCACUCUAAUAAAUAUGCUUAAAUUGCACUAUAGUUCAAAAACUGAUUUCUAGAAAACUUCUCAAUUGCUUCUUUCUUUUUGUUUUUCGUCCUUUUGCAAUUGGAAGUUUUCAAUUAAUUGCUUGCUUUUAUUGACUUCUCUAGAGUUCUGUACAUUUUGAUUAGAGUCCGUAAUCUUGAAAAUCUAUCAUUCUUCGUCGGCAAUUGAGUGAGUCCCAUUACUUUUGUUUAAUUAGUGAAAAAUUUGAGACAUUGACAUUCUCGUUUUUCGCCAACAUUAUAUAGACCUCUUCCUCAAUUUUAUUUCUUUUAAAAAAAUAUUGGAGAAAAUAAACAUUUUUUUUCCUUUUUUAUACAUAAUUUUUACCAAGCAAAUUAUUUAUUUUUUUUUUAUUGUAAUAGGAGCUAGCAAAGUCACUUGGUUAUUUUAUUAUUAUUAUUUUUUUUUUAUUUUUUCAUGGAACAAGCUAUAAUUGAGCAACAUUACCCCAAAAAAAAAAAAGAAGCUAUAAUUGAGCAAAGUCAUUUCAUCAAUUAAUUUGAUUAAAUUAUAGCUUGUAGGGACAAAAGCAUGCCUGACCAUUUUGUUCUUUUCCGGUCCACAAUGGUACACGUUUUAUUAGUAGAAUGGACCAUUCACGCAUAUUAUUUUAUUAUAUUAUAUAUAUAUAUAUUUUAUGAAUCCUAUGCAUGCAUGUGGUUGCUAAAGGUCAUCAUUUCAUAUUGACGACACGGUUUUCGGUGAAUUAAAAAAUUUUGUUCCUUAUUCAUCCAAAAAAAAAAAGAAUUUAUUCCUUUUCUUGUUCCUCAAGGAGUAUAUUCAUUUUUAAUAUAAAUUAAAUUAUUAAAACGAGAGAAAAUAAAUUAAUUAGUAACUACUCUAAUUGUUUGACUUGCAGUACAGCCAAAAAUAAAAAAUGUACACUUUUAUAUGUCUAUUUUUCUUUAAAUCAUAAAUUUAAAAAAUAAUUAAGUUCUAUCAGAUAGUGGUAUCCCUCUGAUGAAAAGAAAAAAAAAAAAAAAAAACAAAGACGUAUAUAUAUAUAUAUAUAUAUAUAUUUAUAUAUAUUCUGAAUCCGUCACUCAUCAACAAAAGUUAAUAUGUUGUGUUGAUUGGAUUGGAGGGAAAGAGAUAAAACUUAUUAAUAUUUGCUAGGUAGGAUAAUAUUUGAAGUAUAAAAUUACAAGGCACACACAGACACACACACACACACACAUAUAUAUAUAUAUAUACACAUUAUCAUAUCAAUUUAAUUAAAGAUUUUUGUAACAGUAUUUUGAAAUUAUUAUUAUAAGAUAAUAAUAUUAAAUUUUAGGGUUCGUAUAGAUUCUUCAAUAAUAAAUAUCAACGUUAUUAUCAAUAAUCAAUAUCAAUGUUAUUAUCAAUAUCAAAUUCUAUUACUAAACUUUAAUAACAAAUGUUAACAAGCGACAAUAUCAAACUUUAACUUUUAUUAAAUUCAAAAGAGAUAUGCUAUUUGAUUAUCUUUUACUAAUUAAACAUAAAAUAAUAUUACUUAAUUCAUUAAAUAAUAUAUGACCCCGUGCUUUAUGAUUAUGUGGCUUCAAAUUUAGUACCUAAUUUACCAUUGAAAAAUUUUGCAAUCUCCCAUUAAAAAAGCUAAAUAGAAAAGAAAUGUCAUAUAUACCGGCAAUGGAUUGUUCAAAUGACGUGUGGCAUUAGAGACCUCCAAAGUGAUGAGGCAUUUAUAUAUAAUAGGCUUAUUUUAUAUUAUAAAAUUAUAUGGUCAGAAUUAUGAUCUGAUAUUUAUGAUACUUAUAAGAAAUAUUUUUUUUAUUUUAAAACAAAAAAUGACAAGAUAAUUAUAUAUAACAUCAAUUUAUAGUUAUUUUAAAAUGAUAAAGAUAUUUAAUAUAUAAUAUCAAUUUACUUAACUAGUAUUUAUUUAUUUUAUUUUUAACUAAUUUUGCAUCGAUGUAGUUGCCAUCCAUAUGUUUCUCGUUUCAAAAUAAAUAAAUAUGCAGAGCAGCACUUCACUUCUCUUUGCAGAAUUGGUGGCCCCAGGACCAGUGGGUUGUUUUCGCACAUGCAUUUUCCCACUUGCCCUGUUUUCUAUUGACGUUAGAAUUUUCAAAAAGCGUAUUGUUAAAUCUUUUCAAUUUGCCUAUAAAUAACAGCUCAUCAACUCAAUCAGAAAAUCCAUAAGAAACAAAGUAAGGUGAAAGAUUUUAUCACUAAAUUAAAGUAGGAAUGGGAAUGAAGAAAAUGGGUUUGAUCAUUGGGUUCCUCAUGGGGUUUUUUUUCCUGGAUGGAUUGGUCCUUUCCAUGGCUGCUAACGUCCAUCACUAUAGUUUCGUUCUUAAGGAGGCGAAUUUUACAAGAAUAUGUGCCACAAAAAGCAUGCUCACUGUCAAUGGAGCCUUUCCAGGUCCCACCAUUGCUGUUCGAAAAGGAGAUACAGCAUUUGUUAAUGUCCACAAUGACGGAAAUUAUGGUGUAACUAUUCACUGGCAUGGAGUGAAGCAGCCAAGAAAUCCAUGGUCAGAUGGUCCAGAGAACAUCACACAGUGUCCAAUUCAUCCAGGACAGAAUUUCACUUAUGAGGUUAAUUUUUCUGAUGAAGAAGGAACACUUUGGUGGCAUGCCCAUAGUGAUUGGACCAGAGCCUCUGUUCACGGUGCUAUUAUUAUUUUACCUCCAAUUGGAAAUACAUAUCCAUUUCCUGAGCCUGACGAGGAAAGAACCAUUGUACUUGGAUCAUGGUACGAUGAGGACUUAAAGGAAGCAAUUGAUGAAUCCACGGCCGCUGGAAGUGGACCACCUGAAGUGGCUGGUUACACCAUCAACGGCUGGCAAGGAGAUGUUUAUUAUUGCUCUGACAUUGAAAAUACAACGUAUCAUCUCCAUGUGAACUACAACAAUACGUAUCUUCUACGUGUAGUGAAUGCCGUAAUGAACGAAGAAAUGUUUUUCGGAAUUGCCAAUCACACCCUCACGGUGGUAGCACAAGAUGCUGCAUACAUCAAGCACAUAGUCACGGAUUACAUCAUGAUAACUCCUGGACAAACUAUGGACAUCUUGUUCACCGCCAACCAGACUCCAAGUUACUAUUACAUGGCCGCUAAGCCUUAUAUUUCUAUCCAAUUCGACAACCUAUUCGACGAGGCCGACGAGGAAUACAACAGCACCUCGGCUGUUGUUCAUUACAAUGGCACUUAUACUCCCCCUUCUUCUCCUUCUUACCCCAACCUUCCUAACAAUACCAAUCAAGAUGCAGCCGAUAACUUCACCGCUAAAAUCAAGUCGUUGUACAACGUCACUGUCCCCACAAAUAUUACCAAAAGUAUGUUCAUUACAAUUGCAGUGAAUCAAAUAGAAUGUGCCAACCAAUCUUGUGGUGGUCCUAAUAACAAUAGGAUUGCUGCUAGCUUGACCAACAUCACCUUCGACGCCCCAACUCUUGAUAUCCUAUAUGCAUAUUAUUGGAGUAUAAAUAAUGGCACCUAUACGACGGAUUUCCCGGCUAGACCACUUCAUUAUUUUAACUUCACAUCGGGGAAUAAUACAUUAUAUGAAUACAAUCCGAUGGUGGGGACAAAUGUGACAAAAGUCAAGUAUGGAGAAGCAGUAGAAAUAGUGUACCAAGGAACAAACCUUGGGGGUGCUCAGAACCAUCCAAUGCAUCUUCACGGCUUUAGCUUCUACUUGAUUGGGACAGGUUAUGGAAUUUUCAAUGAAACUUCUUCUCCAGAAAGUUACAACUUGGAUGACCCACCUCUGGUUAACACCAUUGGAGUCCCUAGGAAUGGAUGGUCCGCUGUCAGAUUCAUUGCCGACAAUCCUGGGGUAUGGUUUAUGCAUUGUCACAUAGAAGAGCAUGCUACAUGGGGCAUGGCCACUGUAAUCAUUGUGGAAAAUGGACCUACUAAUCAAACUAGCAUGAAGCCCCCCCCUCCUAAUAUGCCUUCUUGUUCAUAAAUUCAGUUUUAGACUUUUUUAUUCAGGAUAAUACGAGUGAAAGGAAUUUGUAAUCUUUUUCUUUUCUUUUCUUUUCUUUUUUUUUUUGGUUUUUGUGCUCUUUUUAUAUUUUUUUUUUCCCAUGUGAAGGGAAGGUGAUUCCAGGAGCUUCAAUCCGGAAGAGAACUUUCCUUUUGAUAUUUAAAUAAGAGUAUCUCCGGUGGUUCCAUCCAUUGGAACCUCUAUGGUAUGAAAGCUAGAAGAUGUUGAUGUUGAUAUGAUAUAAUGUUUGUUUAAUAAAUAGUGUGUUUUGAAAAUUGUUUUCCAAUGGUUUCGUUCAGAAUAAAAACAUUGAUUAUGUGUAAAAUUCUAAAUGGUUAGUUUUUUAUUUUAUUAUUGUUUAUUUC